AAAAUAAUUAAUAUCGAUGACAUUCGUGUUGGCAUCGAUGUUUCUCCACCACUAGUUUAAAAGUAAAAAAGUUGUAAAGUCGAAUUCGUAGAUUUAACAGCGCAUAGCCACUGCUCGAAGCCUCCUUUUGCAACCACACCACAACAACAGAACAACCAUAACAUGGAGAACGUCGAAGAGGCCCCACCACUCUCCUCGGAGAGCAACAGCAAUAGCAACAACAGCAGCGCCAGCAGCAGCUCCCACCAGCUCUCUCAAUCGGCGGGUGGUGCCAUGGGCGCCGAAGAAGCCCCCUCUUCGUCUCAGUCACACUCCCGCUCUCAUUCGCCCGCCCCCUCUGUCCAAAUCGUUCUAAAUCCAAUACCGAAUCCCCACCACCCAUUGAAUCCCCCAUCUGAAAUGGAGGCUAGCGAGAAUUCACCGCAUGAUCACUCACCCACUCCUACUUUCCACCAGACUGCACCGCCAUCCACGACUCCAUCGACGGCACCGCAGCGGGAAGAGCAUGAGCAGCAGCCCCAUCCGGACUUACAGGACCAAGGGCAAGAUCAGCAGCAACAUCCCAACCAGGAUCAGCAAUAUCAACUACAACACGAUCAGGCAUUGCAGGACCAACAGCAACAGCAAGCAUCGCCGGAUCAAGAUCAACACCAACGGCCAGACUUGCAGGAGCAGCAGCAGUAUCAAGCAUUGCCGUCACAGGAGCACCUUGACCUGCAGGAUCAGCAGCAGCAGUCCCAUCGGGAGGAGUUGCAGGUGGCCGAACAGCCAAUCCAGCUAAUCCAGCACCAAGAGUUGGCCAGAGAAGGCCAGCAAGCACUUGAAAACCAGCAACAGCUCAAUCAAGAGCCCGAUGAGCCACAAGUUCGGGAGCCGGAAAUCCAACCAGAAGCCGAGCCACCGCCACCGCUGCUCCUUGAGGAACUGGACGAGCAGGACUCGGGAUCCCAAGAUCUGAACGAGCAGCAGCCGGCAGUGAUCAUUGAGGCCAACGCCAUAGCCGAAACCAUAGACGCCAACGCCGUGGAGCGCAUCGACGACUACGAAGAGGACGACGAGGAGGUGGAUGAGGAGGAGGAGGUGGUAGAGGACCGGGUCGAUAGAGCCGCUGAGGUUCCAUCCGUUUCCGGUGCCGCAGGCCAGCAGCGUCUCCACUCGGUGGCCGUUUUGCCGCGCUAUUCGGCUGCCCGUGCACCACGAAGCGGCAGCAGCAGUAACACCAGCAACACCAGCAACAACAACAACAAUAGCAGCCAUAAUAAUAACAACAAUAACAAUAACAACAGCAGCACCAGCAGCGGCGGUCUAUCGCGACGCACUCGCCAUUUCUACAGCAACAACGGCAGUCACUUCAGCAACGACAUGUUCCCCAGCCACGCCCCCCGCAGCAGCACCCAAACAUCGCCCAGGGUGGGAGGUCGUCGCCAGCACUCCACCCCGGCUGCCGCCUCCGAUUCGCCGCAGCACCAGGGCGUGGAUCCCCUGAGGCUGCUCUAUCCCAAUGUCAACGAGAGCGAGACCCCGCUGCCCAGGUGCUGGAGUCCACACGACAAGUGCUUGUCCAUUGGCCUCUCGCAGAACAACCUAAGGGUCACCUACAAGGGUGUGGGCAAACAGCACAGUGAUGCCGCCUCCGUGCGCACCGCCUAUCCGAUCCCGUCCUCCUGCGGACUCUACUACUUCGAGGUGAGGAUCAUCUCCAAGGGACGCAACGGCUACAUGGGCAUCGGCCUGACCGCCCAACAGUUCCGGAUGAACCGCCUGCCAGGUUGGGACAAGCAAUCGUACGGCUACCACGGCGACGACGGCAACUCGUUCAGCUCCUCGGGAAAUGGCCAGACCUACGGGCCCACCUUCACCACCGGCGAUGUGAUCGGAUGCUGCGUUAAUUUUGUGAACAACACGUGCUUCUACACCAAGAACGGUGUGGAUCUGGGCAUCGCAUUUAGGGACUUGCCGGUGCGUAUCUACUUGAAUCUUAUAAUCCUUUAUCCUAUAAAUUAUCUGUGUGACUAUUUCCAGACCAAGUUAUAUCCGACCGUUGGCCUACAGACUCCCGGUGAAGAGGUGGAUGCCAACUUUGGCCAGGAGCCUUUCAAAUUCGACAAGAUCGUCGACAUGAUGAAGGAGAUGCGCUCCAAUGUGCUUCGCAAGAUUGACAGAUAUCCACAUCUGCUUGAGACCCCGGAGAACCUAAUGAAUCGCCUAGUUUCCACCUACCUGGUGCAUAAUGCCUUCAGCAAGACCGCCGAAGCCUUCAAUGGCUAUACAAAUCAGUCCUUCGACGAGGACUUGGCAUCCAUCAAGAUACGUCAAAAGAUCAUCAAGCUUAUACUGACGGGCAAGAUGAGCCAGGCCAUUGAGCACACCCUACGCUCCUUUCCCGGACUUUUGGAAAAUAAUAAGAACCUCUGGUUCGCCUUGAAGUGCCGCCAGUUUAUCGAAAUGAUCAACGGAGCCGACAUUGAAAAUGUCAACAACAAAGUCACCGCCACAACCCAGACGAUGCCCACAAACCAGACAUCCGUGAUACAGUCCACCAAGGCGUUCAAGCACAGCAAGAGCGGAAAUGGCAAUGGCAACGGCAACGGCAACGUGAACAUUAAUCAGACUCAACAGCAACAAAACACCACUGCGAUUCCAGCUGUGAUAAAGCCACAAGGCACCGACAAGCCAGAUAUAAAAAACAUGAUGGUUGAUGACAACUCCAACAAGUGCGUGGAGCACGACAGCAACAGCAUGGACGUGGAAAUGGAGCCCUGCCAGAGUCACUCCAACGGCGGCGACUCCUGCUCCAAUGGCAAUGCCAGCGCAGUGCGCAACUCUCUAGAUGCCAUCGACGAGGAAAUGGAUGUAGAUGUUUCCCCCUCGUCGCGCAGCUGCGGUCGUGUGAUCGAGAAGAUCCUUGAGUUCGGCAAGGAGCUGUCCUGCAUGGGCCAGCAGCUGGAGAAGGAGAACCUCAUGACUGAAGAGGAGCGUCAAAUGUUGGAGGAUGCAUUUAGCUUGAUCGCCUACUCAAAUCCCUGGUCCAGUCCGCUGGGCUGGCUAUUGUGUCCCUCGCGACGCGAGAACGUUUCCACCACGCUCAACUCGGCCAUAUUGGAGUCACUGAACUGCGAGCGCCGUCCGCCGCUGGAGUAUCUGGUGGCCCACGCCGCCGAGCUGAUCAAGGUCAUUGGACAGCACUCGCUGGGCGAGGACGCUUUCAUUACCAUCGACGACGUGUUCCCGCAAAAUUGACCCAGUUCGCCGACGCUGCUGAAGAUGUUCGAGACCACGCUGACCCUGCCGCGCACCAGUGUGCUCACGGAACCGUUGGGCAGCGCCGGAACCGGGACUGGGCCCUCCACAUCGGUGGCCGUUCAGACGAGCAAACGACGCCGCCGGCGACGGAACAAGCGACGUCGCAAGUCCUCGCUGUCCAGCAGUACCGAUGCCCCAUCGUCCCGCACCUAUGAUCCCGUGAUGACGGGCAGUACCCUGCGCUCGGCGGCGGCGGCGGCGGCAUCGGUGGGGGGCGCUGGCGUGGGCGUGGCAACAGGGACGGGACCAGUGCGUCGGGGUCGGCGCAGGAGCGGGGUCAGCACAUCUUCAUCGGCUCGACAGGAGGAGGCGGCGGAAAUCUUGAGCGGCAGCAGCAGUCCAUCGAUGUUCGUCGAUCCGCAGGACUUCUUCGAGACGCUCGACUAAAUCUAGAUUAUUUACAAUUCGUAGUAGGUUAAAUUUUGUUGUUACUUUCGUUCUCAUUUUUUACCCGCGCGCCACACCGGCUUCCGUGCGCCCAUUUCAAAAUAAUUGACCACCUUCUUUUAACUGUUCGAUUAUGCUAAAGAUGCGAUGCGGCCUUUGAUUUAGCGUGAUUUUGAAUAACUUUUAACGUAUAUUUUAUAUAGCCUCUGUAAGCAUAAAGUGUGUAAUAUUAUGAUGUAUAAUUAAAUUUGCGAACUGUGCUGCGACACGACCCUUGAAACUGAUUUAGUUCUUUGUUUUUCGCUUCCACCGCCCGAACACAAAAAAACACACACACACACACAUACUUCACAAAAAUAUAAUCUAGAAUCGAUAUUGAAGUGUACUAGCUUAGUGCAACAACUGUUCAACCAUCUACUUAGCAAGUUAAUAGUGAACCGAAACCCAUAGUUAAUUGGUAUAAACCUACGUAGACACUCCGCGUUCAAAUUUUCCGUGUUUUCGGCGAUUUUCGAAGGAUUUCGCGUCAUCAUGUGUAUUGUGGCAAGACUAAGCAAAAGCAAAUGAACAUUUUAAGUGUAAUAUUUCGCUAUAGUGAUAAGCAUAUUAAAAAUUAAUCUAUAUAUACAAGAUUGGUCAUACACACAUACGGCAAGCAUGAAUACAAUUUAACUGGAUAAUCGUUUAAAUAUAUUGUAUGGAUGUGUAUUUCAGGAAAAACUUAAA